AUGGGCCCCACCAGCAGCCGCGAGCAAAUCGGCGAGCAGAUUGGCGACGACGACGGCCUGCAAAUUCACCCGAAGCCAAUGAUCCUGGCGAACAAUGUCACGGAGAGCGAAUAUUCUGUAGAAGAACAAUCGAGAUUAACGGGGACCGAUGCAGCGGGUGGCGAUGAAGCCUCGCCAGAAGAUGAGGGAGGCUCGCUUUGCGAAUAUCACGAUAUACCACCUCCCCCAGACGGUGGUUAUGGUUGGGUGGUGGUAUUUGCCUCGUUUAUGUGUAAUAUGAUAGUAGAUGGUAUCGCCUACACGUUCGGUGUAUUUCUUGGAGAAUUCGUUAAGUACUUUGGGGAGGGAAAAGGCAAGACUGCUUGGGUUGGCUCGUUGCUGUCUGGAAUGUACCUUAGUGCUGGUCCCGUUGUCAGUGCUUUAACAAAUAAAUAUGGCUGCAGAGCAGUAUGUAUGGCAGGAAGUUUCUUAGGCGCUGCCGCAUUUGUACUUUCAACGUUUUCGGACAAUGUAAAUACGCUUAUGAUGACUUACGGAAUUAUGGGAGGGAUUGGAUUCGGUUUAAUAUAUCUACCCGCAGUAGUUUGCGUAGGCUAUUACUUUGAAACCAAAAGAUCCUUGGCCACCGGCAUUGCGGUAUGCGGUUCGGGAUUCGGAACGUUCGCGUUCGCGCCUCUCGCGACUAUGUUGCUGGAGGCGUACAGCUGGAAGGGAGCAAAUUUAAUUCUGGCUGGUCUCAUCUUAAAUUGUGCAGUGUUUGGCGCUAUGAUGAGACCACUGGAAUAUCCGAAAACUUCUUCUGUUAAGCCAUUGUUGCAAAGAAUGGCCGAGGAAAAGAGGUUUCAAAUGGAACGGGGCAGUAUCGGUGGUUCCUACUUUAUGGUACAACUUCCGGACGGAUCGAUGGAAAAGAGAAUGAAAAUGCCCAUUAAUAUUGAUCCCGGUGUUCAUUCCAGCUUCAACUUAGACCAAUUAGUGCCUGGAACUCCUUUAACACCAGUUCCAACGGUGCCAACCCUUCCCACUAUAUCCGAAGUGAAGGUGCAAGAGCACUCUUCCAGUGGACAUACCAGCGACAGCGGCAGCAUGGACUUGAAGAAUAUUUCCAAUAAAUCUAAAAGCAAGAAGAAUAUCGACGAAACCAAAGACGCGAAGGACGCGGAGAAGCCUGAGAACGAAUUUAACAAGACGAUAAUCCCCAGGAACGCAUCGCAGCCGGCUUUCACGACCCACGUUCAAGGUUUGCCUAAAAACGGCUCUGUGCCAUUCUUUGAUAGGAUCCGUAAAACGAGUACCAGCGAGCGCUACAAGCCUAGCCUUAGUGCAAUAAAGAACUCUAGGACAACGCUUAAUUCUAAUGGAGAUAUCCGGAAGAGUCUGCACUUGAGACUUUCCACGAGCAGUAUGUUGGGAUCGCGAAAUAAUAACGCUGAAGUUGACGAUGGUGAGAGUAUCACUUUUACUACCAGUAAAACUAGCAUCCCAAAGGAGAAACCAAUGAUGGUCCGUCCCUUGUCGAGAAAAGAUAUUUUCUACAGUGGUAGCGUAGUCAAUUUACCAGAAUACCAAAGCCAGAAAUCCCUCGCUAAUUACCGUCAGAGCGUUAUAUCCAUCCCGAAAUCCGUACGCGGUGACAUGAAAGAUGUUGAUAUUGAAAAAGCGCCACAACAACCUUUGUGCCCUUGCUUGGUAUUACCCGACUCGUUUAAGGAAGCUCUGGCAACCAUGAUGGAUAUGUCGUUGUUGAAAGAUCCCGUUUUCCUUUUAAUUGGCAUCAGCAAUGUAUUUGGUAUGGCUGGAUUGUACGUUCCUUUUGUAUACUUGGUGGAUGCAGCAGUCUUAGACGGAAUUGAAAGAAAUUCGGCGUCAUUUUUGCUAUCUAUCAUUGGAAUAACAAACACCAUAGGCCGUGUCGCUUGUGGAUAUGUUGCGGACUUUCCGCAAGUCGAUUCCUUAUUACUGAACAACAUUUGCUUAAUUAUAUCUACGGUCGCAGUAGCUGCUACGCCAUUUUGCCACAGUUAUGCCGCUUAUAUUGUCAUGAGCAUAUUUUUCGGAAUAGCAAUAUCUGGAUAUAUCUCACUAACAUCGAUCAUCUUGGUGGAUCUUCUGGGAUUAGACAAGUUAACGAAUGCUUUCGGCCUUUUAAUUCUAUUCAGAGGAGCUGCCGCUAUAGUGGGUUCACCCUUAGCGGGCGCUGUUUAUGAUGCGACGGAAAGUUACAGUAUCCCGUUCUUUAUGGCAGGGUUUUUCUUCCUUGUAAGCACUGUUACUAGUUUCAUGGCCCCUGCUAUGAAACGGUGCACUACACCGCAGACUCAACCUGUGAUAUUAGAUACAUUGACUCCAAUCGACGAAGAUAUCGAGGAAGAGAACGAGGAGGACAUACCGGAGAUAAUAGAAACUGCGCCAUCACCCUUAGAGCCACCCGAGAAGGAAAUUAAGCAAAUAGAGUCUGUUUUAUAAGUAUUUCUGAUCUUUCUUAAACGGAUAAAAAUCGCCUUCACUCCGAGCCACACUGUGAUAGGGCUGCUAUUUUGAAGUCUCAGAAAGGUACUUUUUUCUUACACACUUAAUCGAUAAAGCACAAAUUAGUGGCAUACCUGGUGGAAUUUUUAUCGUACUUAAAAUUAGGCUUGUAUGUAUGUUUUCUUGUUUUUUUGUUUUUUCUUCUUUUGUUCGUUUUUCUUAUUAAACUGAUAAACGAUAUACGAAAAUGCCAUCAGGUACAGAUACUUAGUUGCCUAUAUGUAAUAGUAAAUGAUAGAAAGAGCGUUUUACUAACUUAAUCAGUAUCGAUCAAGCAGUAUAUAUUUAGAGAGAAAAAAUGUUAAAUUAAAAAAAAUGCUCUUGCACGUGCAUAUCGAGUAAUCUUUAACAAAUUAUGAACCUACAUCAUAGGAAUAUAUCGUAUAAUUUUGGAACAAGGAUCGGUCAAUUCGCCGCUGAUUAGACAUUCGCCUGAAUCAUGACAUUUAUCGAUGUAUAUAGAAAUACGAAUAAUCUAGGGCGAUAAUACUUUAUUACCUUUACAUACUCUAUCAAUUACUGUAAUAUACUAACAAGGAGACAAUGUAUUUUCAUUCUUAUUAAUUCUAAUAUACAUGUAUUUUUUUAUUUUACGGAAGCAACUCGUAUACGAAACAACGAUAAUGUUUUUUUAGUCUAAUCAACGUACGCUACGAUUGACCAUCCUUGAUCGAGAAGAUCCCACCUAUGACUCGUGUUAGUUAAAUCUAUUUUUGGCCGCAUCCAAAGAAAAAACUUGAAUUAUUCACAAUUCAGAGAGAUAUUUUUUUGCAUAUGCUUGCGACAAAUGUGUACAUAUAAGUGAAAGGAAGAUGAAUUAUUAAUUUACACGCAACAAAUGUAUCUCUGUUGUGCAGGAUGAACUGUAAAUAAUUUAUAGAGAAUUAUAAAAUGAUAAUAACAAACUCUAGAAUUAAGCCAAGUGAAGUUAUGAGUUUUCCGCUCGCUGGAGAGCGAAACUUUACGAUUAAUGUAUUCGUCAAGGGACAAUUAACGCAUUGUUAGAUAGAAUUAAUAUAUUGAUUACUCGGAAUAGAGAAUCUUUAUUUGAUUAAUGUAUAAAAGAAACUCGUCUGCUACAACUAAUUUGUGUAAAUGGAUUUUAUCAUUUAGUUGACGGAAUUGACUGCAUCAAGCAGAUUAGCAGUUACGAAUCACAUAUUUUAAGUGAUGCAAAAUUAAUUCGCAUUGAUGUGUCCCAUGCGAUGCGAAGCGCAAUUAUAAGCGUGCGAGUUACAUGUAAGUAACUAAUUUUAUUACGGCGGCGAAGAUCAUUACUGGAUCGAUAUAAUUGAUGAAUAUACGCCUACAGAGACAUACAUGUACGCAUAUUAUUAUGUAUGUAAUUUUCAAUAUACAUACACACGCGUACACGUGUAGACAGAGGAGCUCGUUGUAAAUCUUGUUGAGUGGUAAACAUACGCGUUACACUGUGUACAUUGUACAUACAUACGUCGAUACUGUAACAAUUACAACUGCGAAUAUUGUGACUAUCGUCACGAGCGCGAUAUUAUACGAGAAAAACAAAGAAUAAGAAAAGGAAGAAUUGUUGCUGCAUCGACGACGAAAACCAACCGUGCUAUUACUGUUCGCCACCGCUGCUGCUAUAUCGCUAACUAUCGCCACCUAUCACGAUUAAAAUAUUACCGUAGUACAAUUAUGUAAACGCACGUUACUUACACUUCGUUUUACGAUCGUGCUGUGCGAUGGAGGAAGCUGUGUGUGUUUUGUGGUUUUAAUCAAACACGACUGUAGCAUACAUAUGUGUAGGAAGGUGUGUGUACACACGCGCGCCGCGACGAAAAUCCCGCAGAGUUAUGUUAUAUUAUUAGAUUGUAUAAAUAAUAUCAACGCGCGCGUGCUUGCGUGACAUUUCGCACGCGUAUGUUCAAUAUGUAUGUAUGCUUGAGACGUACAAGGCGGAACUUUACGUGCGUUAGAUGUACAGUGGCAUGUGUGCGAUAUGCAUGCUUAUACGCAGAGAAAUAUUGUGGCGUCGCAACGAGAACACGCGAUAUACUAAUGAAUAUUGAUAUUGUCAAGUAUCGAUAUUCGACACAUCUCAAUAUUGGUCGUCUCGCAAACAACAUUAUUUCCAAAUUUUUAUUUACGAGCAUGUAAAAUAAAUCCUCGCUAAAGCAAUUAAAAUGAUUGUAAGGGAGUCCUAUUGCCGCUGCACCGAUGGCUGAAGCAACCUCUUUUUUAUACAUACUAUAUAAAAUACUAUGUACAAUGAAAACACAUUUUUGAUAUUUGUGGAAUAAGACUUUUUCUAAAGUACGCGAAUAUUUUUUAAAAGUCCGGAUCCAGCUGGGGACACCAGUGUGAUGUUUUAGAGAACUAAGCAAGAGCGUAGCACCGCCAGUAGAUAGAGCGUUUAGCGUGAGCAUAAUAUUGUCAUGGCUACUAAAUACAUUAGUAUAGUUGAUACGAAUGUUAAACGCGCAAUCGCUAAUACACAAUUAUGUAAUGUGAUAAACAUAUUGUUGCCGCCGCCACACUGUUCUCUCCGUGUACGAGCGUGAAAAAGGAACGCGCACGUUCUAUUCUGUGCACAGAUUAAACAUAUGACAUGGUACAAAGAAGGACAAAUGUAUUAGGUGAUGUUUAUCGAAAUUGAAGAGGAAUUAUGAAUUUUUAUUACUAAAA